AUGGAAUACGUUGAUACUCAUUGCCAUUUAGAUGAUAUAUAUGAUAGAUUAAAAGUCGACCGUAAUACUCCACUUGAUGAAGUUGCAGCUAAAUGGGAGCCGGGAUUCGCAGGCUGUGUUACAGUAUUUAGUGAAUCAUUUGAAUCUACUCUUCAUUUCUUGAAUAUGGGCAAUCCAAAGAUCCAUGGAGCAUUAGGAAUCCAUCCACAUAAUGCAAACAUCUACAAUGAUGAACUUGAGGCAGCUUUAAUUGAAAAUUUAAAGCACCCUUCAAUUGUAGCUCUUGGAGAAAUAGGUUUGGAUUACCAUUACGAUAACAGUCCACGAGAUAUACAAAAGGCAUGUUUUGCUCGUCAGGCCAAACUUGCUGUCAAACUCGGCCUACCAAUAGUCAUACAUACACGAGAAGCUGAAGACGAUACAAUAGAAAUUAUCAAAGAAUGCAUUCCAAAAGACCAUAAAUUCCAUAUCCAUUGCUAUACAGAUUCGUACAAACUUCCAGAAUUUGUCCUUCCAAACUAUCCAAAUGCAUUCUUUGGAUUUACAGGAGUUCUUACAUUCAAAAACUCUAAGCAAGUUCAAGAAGUAUGCACAAAAAUCCCAAUGGAUCGUAUUUUAUCCGAAACAGACGGUCCAUUCAUGGCUCCAAUUCCAUUCCGCGGCAAGCCAGCUACUCCAGGCCAUGUUCCUUACAUUAUUAAGAAGAUUGCAGAACUACAUAAUAUUCCUCCAGAGGAAGCUUUCAGAAUUUGCCGCGAAAACUGCCGCAAAAUGUAUGGAUUUUAG